AUGCCAGCUUGCACAGAUUGUGGUCACUGGCUCCCUACGCCAUCAGGGCUAAAUAAGCACAUCGCUAUUUCACGUACCUGUCGACAGAAAUGGCAGGAUCGCCUCAAAAACUUCAGCAUCAACAUGUUCGACCUUGGUGGUGGAUUUGCAGCACCAGUCGAGGAAGAUCUGCACGAUGCAGCACCACCAGCAGUUGAGGAUGACAUAACUGAAGGAAAUCAGCAUGAUGAACAUAAUUUCUCGCACUCACCUCCACAUCCAGGUCCAUUCGAGGCCAAUCAAGACCAUAUGCAACCUCCAAAUAGACGCAGUGUUGAGAUUGAAGAGGUCACAGAUGACCCUGGUCUUGUCCGUAAUGCGACAUGUUGGGUUGAAGAGUACCCUGAUGAGAUGUUAGCUGGUGCACCAUGUGGCACAUCUGAAGAGAUCAUGCCCACAAAGUUUGAUGCCAUAAAGGCUAACCAAGAGGCCAAUGGCGAGAGUGUUUGGGGCCCUUUCGACAAUGAGGAGGAAUGGGAUUUGGCCUGGUGGUUGAUUCAGAAGGUUGGUCAAAACCAAACAGAUGAAUUUCUAAAGCUUCCCAUUGUUCAUAAUUGUGCCAAGGUUUCAUACCCCAAUAAUCGUUCCUUCUUGAAAAAAAUUGACGCACUGCCUACGAAAGGGCCUGAAUGGCACUGUGACCUUAUUAAGGUGGCGGGAGACAUUGUUGCCCAAGACAGAGAGAUGUCAUCAGCCGAGUUAGAACUCUGGCAGCGCAACCCAGUGGACUGUAUACGCGAACUCAUUGGAAAUCCCACAUUCAAAGAAAUGAUUGCUUACGCACCUGAGCAUGCAUUUGAGGACAGGGGGGGUAAUAGCCGUGUUUACGAUGAGAUGUGGUCAGGGGACUGGUGGUGGGACAUGCAGGGCAAGCUGCCGAAAGGAGCGGCAAUAGCACCAGUGAUCCUCGCAUCUGAUAAAACAAGCCUCUCACAGUUUUUGGGAGACAAAUCAGCAUGGCCAGUGUAUCUGACCAUCGGGAAUAUUGAAAAGGCCACACGUCGUCGUCCACGGAUGCAUGGAGCCAUUUUGCUUGGUUACCUCCCAGCAACGAAGCUUGACUGCUUUAGCAAAGGGACCCGGUCUGUCACAGGGUAUCGGCUGUUUCACGAAUGUAUGCAGAGGAUUCUGCAGCCCCUAAUCGAAGCAGGCAAACAUGGUGUAGAGAUGGUAUGUGCUGAUGGGAGGGUUCGUCGAGUGCACCCGAUCCUUGCAGCCUAUGUUGCUGACCAUCCUGAACAAUGUCUCAUUACCUGCACAAAAGAGAGUUUCUGUCCGAAAUGUCAUGUUCACCGAGACAACCGUGGUGAACUUCUUGCAUCACUCCUACGAGACGAAGACCGCACCUUGACUAUGUUAGAACAUAAACGAACAGGUCGUAGGGUGGCUGCCUACACACGCGAGGGGUUGCGCCCUGUGUAUCGCCCAUUCUGGGCAGAUCUUCCUUAUUCCAACAUCUUUGCUGCCAUCACAGCCAAGUGCAGGUGA